AUGGAAGCAACAAUGGCAAGAAAAGCUCUACUACUCUCCAUGAGCAUGACGUUAGCUAGUUUCUUUCUAAUUCAUGUUUGUGGAGAGCAUUCUGCGGUGGGUCAAAUUCCCUGCGGUCGUUAUCAUGACCAAAUGCGUAAAAUGCAAGCCUUCAGGGUCUCCUCUGUCCGGCAUGAUUCGGUUUCUCUUCCACUCUCUCUCCAUCCUUCUCCUAGCUCUACUGGCCAACCACCGGAGGCUGCACCAAGUCCACACGUCUAUAAUGUGACGUCAUACGGUGCAGACCCAACAGGAAGAGAAGACAGCACAGAGGCACUUCUCAGAGCAAUAUCAGAUGCAGCCAGAGGUCCAAGCACAGGGUCAUUGCUGGAGGGAAUCCAGAAUCUUGGGGGUGCACAGAUUAAUCUUGAAGGUGGAAAUUAUGUGAUUAGCCAACCACUACGAUUGCCGGCCACCGGCGUGGGGAAUCUCAUGAUACAUGGAGGAUCAUUACGUGCCUCGGACGAUUUUCCAACUGACGGGUAUCUGAUCGACCUGUCAGCUUCAACGACUAGUAAUAAUGAAGAAAACAGAGAGAGCUCCAAGGAUGCAGAGCUAUUGUCCUCAUCAUCACCUUACAAUUACGAGUAUGUAACCUUCAGAGACCUCAUGUUGGAUUCAAACUACAGGGGUGGAGGUAUUGCGGUAAUAAACUCACUCAGGACUAGCAUAGACAAUUGUUACAUUUCCCAUUUCACAACCAAUGGGAUUUUAGUCCAAGGUGGCCAUGAAACCUACAUCAGGAGCUCCUUCCUUGGCCAGCACAUCACUGCUGGAGGUGAUCAUGGUGAAAGGAACUUUUCGGGAACAGCAAUAAACCUAAUGGGUAAUGAUAAUGCUGUAACCGAUGUGGUAAUUUUUUCAGCUGCAAUAGGAAUAAUGGUUUCUGGUCAAGCCAACAUACUUACAGGUGUACAUUGCUACAAUAAGGCCACUGGCUUUGGUGGCACUGGGAUUUAUCUGAAACUGCCCGGUUUGACACAAACCCGAAUCGUGAAUUCGUACUUGGAUUACACUGGUAUAGUUGCAGAAGACCCUAUACAGCUUCAUAUCUCUAAUAGCUUUUUCCUUGGUGAUGCAUACAUUGUCCUGAAAUCAAUAAAGGGUGUUGCACAUGGGGUCAAUAUUGUUGACAACAUGUUCUGUGGGUCCGAUAAAGGUAUUGAAAUUGUUCAACUGGAUCAAUCCAAUGGACCUUUCAAAGAUAUCGAUCAAGUUGUGAUUGAGAGGAACAAUGUGAGAGGGAUGAACAUAAAGUCCACAGUUGCAAGGGGAUCUGUGAAUGGGAAAGGAAACUUAUGGAUUGUCGAUUUUAAUAACGUUCUUCUAUUUCCUAACCUUAUUAGGAAUGUGCAGUAUUCGUUGAGUGCAACUGGCAGCCAGUUCCCCAACCAUGCCUUGCGGAAUGUAUCUAAUAACAGUGUAGAGAUUCAGACAGAUUUGGAUGUUCCGGCCACUGUAUUCGUUAUAGCAGAUCAAGUGUAGCAAGUUAAGCUGA